UUAAAAAGAAUUUGUUGCAGCAUUUAAAACAUAUGUAUUACAAGAAACCUGUCCCCCCAAAAUAAUCAAGUCACAAAAUAUACUCUACAAAUUUGGACGAAAUCAAGAGGAAUACAUAAAAAAAUACAAGUCAUGUCUGCGUCAGUAAGAAAUACAGUCACUAGCCAAGAAUAUGGGAGUAUCUUUAAAUCCAGUAACAUAGACAACGAACUCAAAAAGAAGUCUGUGGUGGUCACUCAGGCACAAGCCGAGGAGACUAAGGCUAAGAAGAAAGAUACCACCCACUAUUACAAUGUUGAAACACUUGCACAUCUGCAGUAUCGAUCUCAGAUAAAGGUAAUGGAUAAUGUCGAUGGCGAGGAGGUUGAUAUGACGCCCAAGCCGAUCCAAGAUGACGCUUUCGUGGAGCAGUUCAUGAAGUACAACCUGAAUGUCAUGCACCAAAUGACGAACUUCACUACAAUGCUAGCCAAAAAUACGACCAGAUCCCGGACGCGGUCCAGUGUUCGGGCCGGAAUAGGCGGCAACAAGCAGUCCAUUGACGAUCUGAUGAACGGGAUAAUAUACGAAACUAUUAACUGGGAACCGUACAGCACCGCUGAGGCUCUCGAAGAGACGUACGAGCCAAAGCCGUACACCAAGUCCUUUUUGAAAAUUACCCUACGCAAGUCUGACUUCUUCGAAAUUCACAGCCAGACGCAGACGACGGUGGCGAAGGGAUCGCCCGAGGGCGACGAUGCGGAGCGCGACAACCGAAACUACGAGUAUCUGACAGUAGGCAAAGGCAAAAUUCGCCGGCGCUCCGACAAUGAUGCUCAGACGGAUACUCUGCUCUUCACCACUAGGGCGGUAAACACCAUCCUCAUAACCAAGGCCACCGUCAGCUCGUACGUUUCCAACUUCGAGAUGUACGACACGCUGAACAAUAUCACCAAGGGGUUCGCAACAUCCACUAUGAGUUCGGUAAAGGAUCUGGCCGCGGCCCUCGCUCAGACGGAGGAUGCUGAUACCUUUGAGGACGACGACGCCGUUGCCGAGAAAGACAAGGUAACCGCGCAAAUAGAACGCCUGUUCCGGAACCCCGAGUUCCGCAACGCCAUCAUGUACAUGGGGCGCACGCUCUCGAGCAACACAAACGAGGCGGGGUUACGACGCUUCCGUAACUUCGACCAGGUGGAACGCUGGAACGCGGAGGCCGAGUACGUCUACUCUAUGAACUUGCUCUUCCGACUGAUACCGGAACCUAGCAAAGCCGAGCGAAAGGCCGUCAGCGACAUAGAUUUCUGCCGCAGCAAUGGUGACAUCCUGGCUGUAGGCUACGGACUGUACUCCUUUUCCUCACAGCACGUACCGACCUCCGGCAGCGUUUUUCUUUGGAGUAUUAAGAAUCCAGGCGAGCCGGAGCGCGCGUACUACUAUGAUGUGCCAGUAACGGCAAUCAGUUUCUCGCCAUUCUUGCCAUCCUUGCUCGCCAUUGGUCUGUACGACGGCAGCGUCGAGGUGCGUGAUGUGAGCAGUCUGCAGGACACACCCGUUGCGGUCUCGCAGCGCAGCACCUCGCCAGGCUCUUCGCCGGUGGUUGCCAUCCGCUGGAUCAAACAAGUUUCGGACGACGAUCACGAAGCGGACAUCGAUCCGUUUCUGAGCCUCUCCCAGGAUGGCUCCGUCACCCGCUUCCGGAUUAUCAAAAGUCCCUUUCUGCUUGGUUUUACCCAAAUGAUUCUGGAGCGAAUCGAGGGGCAUCCUGAGGGCAUUUUCGUCCACCCAUCGUCGCGUAUUCCCUGCGAGUCUAACCGCCACCCGCAGGGCCUGAGCAUCACCACGCAUCCGCUGCACAAGGACAUUUACUACGUGCUGACCGAUGAGGGCUGCAUCCACAAGUGUUCUAUCAACUAUCAGCACCAGUACUUGGAGGUUCUGCGCUGUCACGACGGUGGUGUCACCGUAAUGGAGUUCUCGCCUUGGUCUCCAAAACUCUUCCUCACCUGCGGCAACGAUUGGUUUGUGCGCAUUUGGAUUGAUGGCAUAACGCGACCUCUGCUCGAACUGCUAGACGAAAUGACCCCAGUGCACUGGGCCAAGUGGAGCCCCACCCACUCUACGAUCAUUGUGACGGUGAACCGGGAAACCGCCAACAUCUGGGACUUUCGCCGUAAUUUGCUUAAACCCAUGUCCAAACACAAGAUGGACUCCUCUUUCAACACUGUGGCCCGGUUUUCCCACUGUGGUCGCACUUUGGUCAUUGGCAACGAGCGCGGAAAUACGCUCUUCAACGCGCUGAACGACAUGCCCUUUUCACCCCACUUUCAAUACGAUGAGUUGGAGAAGGCCAUUUUUAAGGCAAUUGGCAACGACCACGAGCUCCUUAUGGAGCUUAAAAGCAUUGGCUUCUUUGGUUACCCAAACAAAAAAGCAGUUUUUUAAAUAGGAAACUAUGUUUUCUCAAAUAAAAGGUUCGUCGGCCCGAAAGCGACUCUGGAAGAGACUGAUGAAA